GCAGGCUCUCUCCAGAGAGAUUCAGCGGCGCUGUGACCUAGAAUCUCGGCUCACAGCCCAAGUGGAGGCAACACUGCGCCAAGCUGCGGAGCGCGCAGCAGGAGCUGUGGAGGAGCAACUCCGAGAAGCCCACCGUCAGACUGCGGAUGAGACAAGGGUUCGGCUUCUGGCCUUGGAGAAGUGUGCGGGCUCCAUGAAGCAGCGCCUGUCUCAAGUGGAGGAUUUUGGGCCAGCUACAGACAAGCCUGCAGGUGAUCGGCAGAUCGCUUGGCUUGAGUCACGCAUAGCCGGGUUGGAGCAACUGUUCAACAGACCCUUGGAGAUGCUCCCCUUAGAGGUAUCGAGGCAGCUUCAACUCAUUCGACGCCAGCUGCUUGAUGAAGCUGCUUCCAGGUGGAAAGACGUGGCUCAGCCGAUGAGAGUUGAAAUAGACGAUGCGCGGCAGCGUGUGGAUGCCCUGGAGCGAUGGUUGCGGGAGGCCUUGGCUCCUGAGCUAGUUCGCGUUCAGCUGGACCUUGCGUCUGAACGACGCUGCAGAGAGAGACUGGAGAAGGAUUCGCGAGUCGCCAACCAAACGGUGCGGGGAGCAGCGCAAAAAGUGGUUCCUGCCGCACCAUCCAGCGACACAACCUGGUCCUUCCAAAACUUGCUGCCAAAGCCCGUGUCAGAUGUUGCUGCUGACAUUACGAAAGCAAAAGAGACGCCGAAUCGGCCAGGCGAGCUACAACAGAGAUUGGAGGCAGAACUCCCAUCUGAUCGUCAACAUCAAGUGACAUUUGCUGGCCGCAAGUCUGACCAGAGCACCCUUCAAAUCACCAACCAAGGAGACCAAGCAGGUCGGACGGAUGCAAGACAAAUUCUCAAUGCACAAGCAGACAACCGGGACCAGCAACGGAAGACAGAGGUACACGAAGCUGCAGCUCGGCUUGAGCCGGGCCAGCGAGAACAAGCAGACUUUCAAGAGAAGCAAAAUGCACAACAAGAUGGUACUCAGAUUGAGCUGGACCGGCACAAACCGAGUCGCAGCUCUCAAGCAGAUGCAGGGCCCCAGCAACAGCAAGUUGUAGAGCGGGGCCAACGAGAACAAGCAGACUUUCAAGAGAAGCAAAGUGCACAACAAGAUGGUACUCAGAUUGAGCUGGACCAGCACAAACCGAGUCGCAGCUCUCAAGCAGAUGCAGGGCCCCAGCAACAGCAAGUUGUAGAGCGGGGCCAACGAGAACAAGCAGACUUUCAAGAGAAGCAAAGUGCACAACAAGAUGGUACUCAGAUUGAGCUGGACCGGCACAAACCGAGUCGCAGCUCUCAAGCAGAUGCAGGGCCCCAGCAACAGCAAGUUGUAGAGCGGGGCCAACGAAAACAAGCAGACUUUCAAGAGAAGCAAAGUGCACAACAAGAUGGUACUCAGAUUGAGCUGGACCGGCACAAACCGAGCCGCAGCUCUCAAGCAGUUGCAGGGCCCCAGCAAAGCGCCACCGGCAUUGACCAGAGCAUAGAAAGAAAGGAUCUGAACGCUGCUACCGCAUUGCAAAGUUCAACUGGAGGUGAGGCCUCACUUGUCGCUCAGUCUGAGCCGUCGGGAAUGCCCCAGUCUGCACCUUCUGAAGACGCACCUCGACAGCGAGCUCUUCUUGGUCGUAUGAGGAGGUCGCUAAAGCAUCGAGCUUCAGGACAAUGAAGGCUAAUGAAGGACAAGAAGCGACAGGAGAUGCACGUGCCCAGCGCCGAGGUGUCGGCACGCUUGCAAGUUGAAGCCGGACGUUGGAGAGCCAAGCUGCGAGGCCAAGCUUCAAGAGUUUGGAAAUGCGCACCGAGCCCUAGCAGAUCAUCCGCUGGACUAGCCCCCUUCGUGCUGCUUGCAGGACGGUCGGCAACUUUGAAGCCAGCGAGCGGCCCGGGCGAGCGGUUCUCUGAGUAGGAUACCAACUCCAAACAAGACAGAUAUUUGCUGGUUGUAAACAUCGUCUCAAAGACUCGCACAG